CUUUCUUCUGACUGAACAUCAACCUCACACGCACGACCAACCUCAACAACAACACAUUACACACACACACACCAAUCACCGCCAUCAUGUCGACCGCUCCUCUCCGCCUCGGCAGCAUCGCCCCCAACUUCGACGCCGACACCACCUCCGGCCCCAUCAACUUCCACGACUUCAUCGGCGACUCGUGGGUCGUCCUCUUCUCCCACCCCGAAGACUACACUCCCGUCUGCACCACCGAGCUCGGCGCCUUUGCCAAGCUCGAGCCCGAGUUCACCAAGCGCGGCGUCAAGCUCAUCGGUCUCUCCGCCAACACGGUCGAGUCCCACGGCGGCUGGAUCAAGGACAUCAACGACAUCUCGGGCUCGCAGCUCAAGUUUCCCAUCAUUGGAGACAAGGAGAGGAAGGUGGCUUUGGCCUACGAUAUGAUUGAUCAUCAGGAUGCUACCAACGUGGACGAGAAGGGCAUCGCCUUCACCAUCCGCUCCGUCUUCAUCAUCGACCCCAAGAAGACCAUUCGUCUUAUACUAUCUUACCCUGCAAGCACGGGCCGCAACACCGCCGAAGUCCUCCGCGUGGUCGACUCGCUCCAGACCGGCGACAAGCACCGCAUCACCACCCCGAUCAACUGGGUCCCCGGUGACGACGUCAUCGUUCACCCCAGCGUCAAGAGCCCCGAGGCCGAGAAGCUGUUCCCGAAGAUGAACGUCGUGCGGCCAUACCUCAGAUUCACGCCGCUGCCAAAGGAGGAGACGAGCGCGGCGGUUUGA